AAAAUCAGGCCAAAAUUAUAUUUUAAAUUUUAUGUUUCGGAAGUAAGUUCAUAAAAAUUAGAAUUUAUCUUUUAGAAUGCGGCAGUUACAAGUAGUGAAAUACCUGUACCCACGGUAUUUAUUAUGUACAUCUCUUUCCCAGCGUUUAAUGUCAAAGUCAGGCGAUGCAAAAUCCUCUGGCACAGGAUCUAAAGAUCCGAAGUGUAAGGAUGGUAAAGAUGAAAAACCAGCGGAGGCGGCAAAGAAACCUGCAGAUACGCCAAAAAAAGAAACACCGCCUAAAGCGGUUAAAGAAACCAAAGUGGCAAUGGCAAAAGAUGAAACAGUAAUAACCGGCGGAUCAAAAUGCAAGCCAACAGUACAUCCUCCAGAAAUUACUAAAAUUAAGAAAAAGAAACCAAAAACUUGCGAUGAAGUGUUACUCGGUAAACCCAAGCAAAAGAAGAAGGAAAUACCUCUAACUGAUAUUCAAGGAGGAGAUUUGGGCUGCCCUAGCAAGACAGAAAAAAAGAAACCAAUAAUUCCAAUUCACUCAAAACGUUGGCAAAAAAUCUCUCUAUUUGGAGUCCUUCCCUUAAUAGCUAUUCUUAGCCUCUUUGUUCUAAGCACUCGCGAAGAAGAUGAGCGCCUAGAAUUUAAGAACUAUACUUACUUGUACAGGCGAACAAAGCCAUUUUGGUUUAAGGAUGGAAAUCGCACUGCUUUUCAUAAUAACCAUAUGAAUGCCUUGCCACCAGGAGGAUAUGAGGAUGAAAUCGAUGAAAAUUCCGUUGGCCAGGAGCCAGAGUCACAGAAGGACAAGAAAGAUCGAUUAAAGGAAUUUGACAAAGUGGUUAAGAACUGGCGGAAACACGCAUCAAAAAGAGAAGAUCAGCUUAAAAAGGAGGCCGCCGCUGCUGAAAAAGAGGCUAGAAAACAGGAAGCACAAUAAAAAAAAGACACGGCCAACUUAUGUGCUUUUCCGAAAGCCAAACGAAGUCCUGAAAGUCGAAGCAACUUUUUCCGUUCCGGUCGUCGUUGACACGUAAUUGACUUUGUCCGCACUUCCACGAGGACAAUUUGUGCGCCACUUGCUCGGACCAAUUAAACGCCAUCGAUGACCAAUUGCAGUUGUCGCGAAAUUGCUGGGGAAGAUUGCCCAAUGUAAUGACGGCAGAUGGAUGGUUGAGGACCCAAAGGAAGUGCAGUGGAGUGUAAUCAAUGCAUAAUUUUAAUGCAAUUCUUGAAUGCAAUUACUGGCGAAUGCCCUUUUGGCUAUAAAAGCCAGGGACGGCCAACCAGCGAACAGCGACCGAAAAUGUACGCCGGGGAAAUGCAAAAGCGAAAGGACAGCAACUCGUUAAUAUUCGGAGUGAUGAAAGUUCAAGUUUUUCGCUGGCUCCCCCUGCUAUUUUUCCUGCUUGUCAGUACGGGGCCACGUGUCGCUGGCAGCUGGCGAAGCGAAAAUUCCCGGGAGGAUCCGGACUCGAAAACACGGUGGGGCAAUCAGUUGCCGGAUAUGCUAGUCGCUUACUAUCGCCACCACGGCGUUCACAGCCUGAUGCUGGUCGUUUGUCACACGGACAUUGGUGAAUUAACCCUCUGCAUGCAAUGUGCUUCUCGGGACAAAUUUAGGGAACACAGGAAAUCUUUGAAGAUUUAUUAAAUUAUUCUUUGGCAUGAAAAGGCAGCAAUUAAAAGACAAUUAAACCUUGA